GAUAAUAAUAGACGGACCUUACCAUGGGCUUUCCAUUUCAGUAAUAUACAAACUGCUAUCGGCUAACAGCUGUACAGGUAACACCCAAACAAACUACGGCUCUUUCUUCUUCUUCUUCUCCGCCGUCGCCUUAUUUUUUGUUUUGACGUGAUUUGCUACAUCGGCGGCCCACCGAUAACCGGAAAUGGAAGCAUCACCAAUCUACAAAUUACCACAAGACACACUCCAUCAGAUCUUCUCAUCACUCCCACUCCGUCAGAUUAUGAUCUGCAAAUCCGUUUGCAAAUUCUUCAAUCGUAUGUUAGCUUCUCCUUCUUUUAUUCACCUUAUCUCCCUUACGCCUCCUCUCCGUUUUCUCGCUCUCCGUCCGCCGCCACAUCACCACCACCGACACCUUUCGUCCCAAACAUCGCUCCACGUGUACGAUCCUGAUCAGAAUCAAUGGCUUAGAUUUAAUCUGAGCUUUUUACCCUUCAGGUCUGCUCCACAUCCUGUUGCUUCAGCUACUGGACUUGUUUAUUUCUGGUGUGACAACCACCGCGACUCGGUUAACUCGUCUGAGGGCAAGUCACUCGUCGUCUGUAACCCGUUGACCAGCCAAUUCAAAGUGUUGCCACAGCUCGGUUCUGCCUGGUCAAAGCACGGAGCUGUUCUGGUUGACUCGGCAAACCGAGUCAUGGUAUUGACUGAACUCGCUUUUUUAUUUCUAUCUGAUAGGAAUCCUAAGUCAUGGCUAAGUUUCUCUGCCAAUUUGCCGUCAAAACCUAGAAGUCCGGUUUUAGUUUCAGAUUCGGUUUUUGCUUUAUGCGACGUCGGAUCGCCAUGGAGAUCGCAGUGGAAGCUAUUCAGAUGCCAACUUUCGAGUCUUAAUAACAAUAAUAAUCAUAAUCACAACCACUGGAUGUGCUUGGAGAAGCAUGAAUGGGCUGAUUUGUUUGACAUUAUUAAACGGCCGCGUUUAGUGCGUGGCCAUGGGAAUAGGUUGUUAAUGAUUGGAGGAUUGAAGUCGACGUUUUCUCUGAAUCCUUCCUGUUCUACGAUUUUGAUACUGAGGUUGGAUUUGGACAGGUUAGAAUGGGAAGAGGCGGGUAGAAUGCCUGUGGAAAUGUAUAGGUGUUUUCAGGAGUCUACUAAAUUGAAGGUAUUUGGUGGCGGUGAUAGAGUAUGCUUUUCAGCGAAGAGAUUGGGGAAGUUAGCGCUUUGGAUUGAUUGUGGAGACGAAGAUGAAGACUGUUGGAGGUGGAUUGAGGGAGCACCUGGUGGCGGUGGUAGCGGUGAUGGGCUUUGGAGAGGGUUUGUUUUCGAGGCUAGACUCACUGCAUUGCCUUGAAUUGGUAUGUUUAGUAACUUUAGUUCUUUUAUUUGAGUCUGUCAGGAUGUAUUUGCAUUUUACUUGUAAAAGAAUUCAGUGUUUGAAUUUGAGGAAAUGAUUGUGUUAUUAUCUUUUGCAACGUUUUGUUCUUGGGUUAUCAAUGAUAUGAUAAGCAAAAUGUUGGCAAUUGCA